AUGUUGAAGCAAGCAAUGGAAGGAUCAGUGCCAAAAUUCUACAAGCUAUCCAGUGGCUACACCAUUCCAUCGAUUGGAUUUGGAACUUACGAGAUUUCGCCCAGCAAGACGGCAGACGUUGUGUACAAUGCAUUGAAGUGCGGCUACCGACACUUUGACACGGCGGUUCUCUACGGGAACGAGUUUGAAGUGGGACAAGGGAUCUGUCGAUGGUUGAAGGAAGAUCCAGCCAAUAACAAGCGUGAGGAUGUGUUCUACACCACGAAGCUUUGGGACUCUCAAAAGGGCUACAACAAGGCCAAGAAGGCCAUUGAUCACUGCUUGCAGGAAGUGGAGGACCUAGGGUACAUUGACUUGCUAUUGAUGCACUCGCCAUUGGGUGGUACGCAAGCGAGACUCGAAACGUACAAGGCGAUGCAAGAAGCAGUGGACGAAGGGAAAGUAAGAUCGAUUGGGGUGUCAAACUUUGGACCUCUCCAUGUUGAUGAGCUUCUCAAGUGGGACGGGUUGAAGUACAAGCCUGUGGUGAACCAGAUCGAAAUUUCACCAUGGGUCAUGCGCCAGGAGCUUGCGGAUUUCUGCAAAUCCAAGGGCAUUCUCAUCGAGGCGUAUGCGCCUUUGACCCACGGGCAAAAAUUGAAGGAUCCGGACCUUUUGAGGAUCAGCAACGAGGUGGGAUGCGACCCAGCGCAGGCGUUGAUCAGAUGGUCGCUUCAAAAGGGCUACAUUCCAUUACCAAAGACGCAGUCUAUUUCCCGGUUGGCCAGCAAUCUAAACGUGUUUUCGUUUGAGCUCACGCCGGACCAGAUCAGCCAAAUAGACAAGCCAUUCUCGUACGAGCCCACCGACUGGGACUGCACCAAUGCUCCAUGA